ACAUCUGGGAAGGACUGUUGACACAUUCGACCCGACCAUUCUUCACUGUUCGCUGUUUUCGAAGUUUAUUUUAAUGUGUAAUAGAAGUAAAUGUUUCAUUCUCUGUUAUGCAAAGGUUAAUUCAGUUCUCGUGGAAAUGGUCAUGAUUGUUUGAGAAAAACCAAACCCCCAACGCCUGAAGGAGCCGGAUCUUCGUUGGAUUAUUCAGCACAAGAACAAUAAACAUCAGUGCAAACGUAACAUUUUUUUGUAGACUGGAGCCAGAUUCCACUGAACUGACUAGAUGAAAAAGUAUAGCUAUAGUAAACUUUGUCAACAAGAUUCGGAAGGCAAAUUGUCCCUUUCUCAUUGUCCUGGAAAAGGUUCAACCGUAAUUGAUACCGGAAUGUAUCUCAGGGACUGGCGCCAAGCACUGAGAGCUCCACCAUCGUAUCGAAUCGGAAAUCGAACCAUUCGGUUGCAAGUGCAUAUGAUAUGGCCACUGGCCGUUCUAGGAACGUUGUUGAUAUUCCUGGUAUACAUUGUCAGCAGUGCCACAUUCAUGAAUGGAAUCAACCUUAAUUCUGCAAGUAAAAGCUCGGUUAGUCUAUACAACCACACGUAUCCCCUGAGCAGUCCUAUUGUGAGCAAUGGCAUUUACACAUUUCGGAUAGCAGUUAUUGCGGAUUUGGACACAAACUCUCGGAAGAAAGGAGAAGAUUCAUGGAGCAGUUACUUCAUGAAAGGCUAUCUUAGCUACGUUCCGUCUAAGAACUCUAUUACUGUUUCUUGGGACGACGUGGAACCGAAGGAAAUGACAUCCUACUUUGCUUUGAAAGGCCGUGGUAUGGAGUUUUCAGAGUUAGUAGUGUUUAACGGCAAAUUACUCACAUUUGACGACCGUACCGGAUUGGUGUACGUAAUCGAAAAAGAUAACGCCUAUCCUUGGCUUUUGUUAAUGGACGGUGACGGAAAAUCCAGCAAAGGAUUUAAAUCAGAAUGGGCCACAGUGAAGGAUCAGGUUCUCUAUGUAGGCUCUAUGGGAAAGGAGUGGACUACUGCCAGUGGGGAGUUCGAAAACAAUAAUCCCAUGUUUGUUAAGGCGGUUACGGUGCAUGGUGAAGUUUAUCACCUCAAUUGGGCAGACAACUACAAGGCACUUCGAAGUGCCGUUGGUAUCGAGUGGCCGGGAUAUAUGAUUCACGAAUCGGGUGUGUGGUCGAACGAAUUUCGGCGGUGGUUUUUUCUGCCUAGACGAUGUUCGAAAGAUCGGUACAAUGAAACGCGUGAUGAGCACAUGGGAUGCAAUUACAUGAUCACCGCGGACGAGUCGUUUCAUUCGAUUAAGCCGGUGGAAUUGAAAAGGUCAACCGUUCCGUCAACACAUGGAUUUUCCAGCUUUAAGUUCCUUCCGAUUUCCAACGAUAAAAUUAUCGUUGCUUUGUCGACGGAAGAGUUGAAUGGUAAAACUUCUAGUUUUAUAAGUGCUUUCAACGUGAACGGCGAGAUGCUGAUGGCCGAAACUAGGAUACCUACGAACUACAAAUUUGAAGGUUUAGAAUUUAUUUAGUAAUGAGUAGACCUGCGGCUACAUGGAAUAAUCGAAGUCCGGCUGACAAAUACAAUAUGUAAAUAGUAGCAUAUUUUGGACAUUCGAUGAAGCAGCAUGACUAUGAAAGUAUUACGCUACGAACUAGACCGUUAUGUAAAUGCAGGCCAUAAUUGUUAAACUGUUGUCAAGUGUAGUAAAGUUAACGAUUUGUAUUCAAUUCUUUCCCAUUAGUAUACUAACUUUCCUAAAAUCAGUGUUUUAUGAAGUCCAACCGAGGAUAAUUGUAAUACGCCUGCAAUGUGAUAUUAUCUUUAAUUUAUUGAAAAUUUGGUUCAAUAAAAUAGAGCGAA